AUCGGCGCAAGCCUUCACAUCCGGUUAUAUGAAAGUCCGUAGCCCCACACGUUGCGGUCUCUCAUCGGCAAACCGACUUGGGAAGCAAUUAAUACCAUCCCCGCCAAAUAUCAACCAAAAUCUCCAGAGAUUCCAUCGCUCGUAAAAACCUCCCAAGAAAACCCUAAUAAUUCCUUUCCCAGUCCUAUUCACGUCGACAUAUCGAAUCCAAGAAGGAAAAAAACUAGUUCGAACCCAUAAAGAACCUCAUCGAUUUUUCCUUCGAUUCAUCUUCUGUUAUUAAACCCAACUCCCUCUUAUUCUCUCCGCCCUUUAUUUGAUUCUUGAGGAUAUUCCAUUGAUUUUGGUUAUUUCUUCAAUUGAAUUUGUUGUAUUGAGUAAUAACAAUGGAUGAUGUGAAGGACAAGGUCAAGGGUUUCAUGAAGAAAGUCAACAACCCAUUCUCGUCAUCUUCUUCUGGCAAAUUCAAGGGCCCAGGCAGAGUUCUGGGUUCCUCCUCCUCGGGCCCCACCAACCCGACUCCGGCCCGGCCGAGCCACCCCUCUCCUGCUGCCUUGAAUCCCAAGCCAUUGCCCCCAAAAGCAGCUGAUUCGGAUCGCCAGGUGAAUGACAACAUGCCUAAAAGUGAAACGGGUUUGGGUUCGAAUCCGAAACCAAGAACUGAUUCGAAACCAAGAACAGCAACUGGGUUUGAUCCUUUUGACACUCUGAUCACCUCAGGUAACAGGAACAAAAAUGGGUAUUCUCUGAAUGUAUUUGAAUGUCCUGUUUGUGGCCGUGCUUAUGGGUCUGAACAAGAAGUCUCUAGUCAUGUAGACAGUUGUUUAAAUAGUGUAGAGGCCAAUAACGUUGGUGGCGGUGUAGAAUUAUCUGAAAGUGAUGGUACUUCUGUGUCUGGAAAUGAAUUAGAAACUUGUGUUGGUGCAUACGUUUCCGGGAAGCCUUCAGACGUAUCGGUUGAGAUUGUUCUUAGGUUGUUGAGAAAUGUUGUGAAGGAACCAGAAAACGCCAAGUUUCGGAGAGUUCGGAUGGGGAAUCCGAAGAUACGGGAGGCUGUUAGUGAAGUUACUGGAGGAGUGGAGUUGUUGGAAUGUGUCGGGUUUGGACUGAGAGAGGAAGAUGGGGAGAUGUGGGCAGUAAUGGAAGUUCCUUCAGAGGAGCGAAUCCUUGGAAUUAAGAAGGCGAUAUCGUUAUUGGAACCGCAAAAGGUUGAAGAAAUGCCUUCUACAGCUCCAUCUAAGAUAGAUGAACCGGUUGAGCCGAACAAGGUUGACAGACAGAUACGCGUGUUCUUCUCUGUUCCGGAAAGUGAAGCUGCUAAAAUUGAGCUGCCGGAUUCGUUUUAUAACAUUUCACUUGAAGAGGCUAAAAGAGAUGCAGAUAUGAGGCGGAAAAAGAUGGCAGAAUCACAACUUUUAAUCCCCAAGUCAUAUAAGGAAAAGCAGGCAAAAGCUGCAAGAAAAAGAUACAAAAAAACUGUAAUCCGGGUCCAGUUUCCCGAUGGAGUGGUGCUGCAAGGUGUCUUCUCUCCUUCGGAGCCAACUAGUGCUUUAUACGAGUUUGUCAGCUUAGCAGUGAAAGAACCCAGCUUGGAGUUUGAGCUAAUAAAUCCUCUAGCGAUCAAACGGCGUGUGAUUCCUCAUUUUCCCGCAACAGGGGAGAGAGCCAUAACCCUUGACGAGGAGGAUCUGGUCCCUUCAGCUCUUAUCAAGUUCAGACCAUUUGAAACAGAUUCCGCUGUUUUCACCGGUCUCUGCAACGAACUCCUUGAAAUCAGUGAACCGCUUGUAUUGGGUUCGGCUGUUGCUCCAAUUUAGAGCUCCAUUACAAGUUACCUUUGCUGGGCUUGCUUCAACUAAGAAAGAGGAUCAUAAUCCUUACUGGCUGGCGUCUCAACGGGCACCCUUCUUUAGUCUUGUACUCUGAAAAUCUGCAUAUAGAAAUCCAAAAUACAAAAUGAGAAAGCUCUCAGUUCGGUGUAGUGUUGGUAUUUUAGGUUAUCUUUUUGCUGAACCCUGAAGGUUUAAACAAAGAUGUUGUCUCUUUUUUUGUUUUUUUUGCAAACAAAUUUAAUUUCCGUUUAAUCCUUUGUGAUGGUCCUUCAGAUGAUAUAUCAUCUUAAAUCACUCAUUGUAA